UCCUGUUCUGCUUCGACCUCGUUCUUAUCCGCAACACUUCUUCAGUGUCGUGGUUUUGUUGCAGACAAAAACGCCACCCUUCGCUCUUUCUUCUUCUAUGGAAUGUGUAUCAUCAUCAUCAUCAUCAAAAUCAGAAUCCAAGAUUUCCAUUGCUACAAGAUUCAUCUUCCUCUGCAACACCCACCUAUAAUAAUACCAUCACACCAACACAGUUUUCUUCACCCUCAACCACCACCUCAGUUUUCAUUUUCAUUUUGAUUUUGUAUUUGGAUAAUGCUCUCGCGAUCUUGCGUGGGGUUAUUGAAUCUGAUAUCAGCGGAUGAUUACAAUCGAGUUCCAGGGGUAAUGGCGCCGGAGAUUAACAAUUUCGGAUCAGACGGCGGCGUUUCGCCGGCGUCACGAGAACGGCGGAUAAUCGUGGCGAAUCAGUUACCGAUACGCGCUUCACGCGACGGGGAGAACGAGCACUGGCGGUUUGAAUUUGACAGAGAUAGUCUGGUUUUACAGGCGAAAGAUGGGUUUCCAUCGGAGGUUGAGGUUCUCUAUGUGGGGUCGUUGAAGGCGGAGGUCGAGCCAAAGGAGCAAGACGAGGUGGCGCAGGUUCUUCUAGAGAAGUUUCACUGUGUUCCCACGUUUUUGCCUUCGGAGGUUCACAAUCUCUUCUACCAUGGGUUCUGUAAGCACUAUCUAUGGCCUCUGUUUCACUACAUGCUCCCCAUGUCGCCGAGCCAGGGUGCGCGGUUCGACCGCGCGCAGUGGCAGGCGUAUGUUCAUGCCAACAAGAUCUUCGCUGAUAAGGUCACGGAGGUGAUUAACCCAGAUGAGGAUUUCGUCUGGGUUCACGAUUACCACCUCAUGAUUCUCCCAACUUUGCUCAGGAAGCGUUUCCACCAUGUGAAGCUUGGAUUCUUCCUCCACAACACGUUCCCGACGUCGGAAAUCUACCGGACUAUACCGGUGAGAGAGGAGAUUCUCAGGGCGUUUCUCAACUGUGAUUUGAUUGGGUUCCACACCUUUGAUUACGCAAGGCAUUUUUUGUCCUGUUGUAGCAGGAUGCUGGGGUUGGAUUAUGAGUCCAAAAAGGGUCACAUUGGGUUGGAUUAUUAUGGAAGAACAGUGAAUAUUAAGAUUCAACCAGCUGGGAUUCAUAUGGGUUUGCUGGAAUCGGUUUUGUCGUUGCCGGAAACUGCUUCCAGGGUGAAGGAGUUGAGGGAGCAGUAUAAGGGGAAAAUCGUGAUCUUAGGAGUUGAUGAUAUGGAUUUGUUCAAGGGUAUUAGCUUGAAGUUCUUGGCACUUGGGCAGCUACUGGACCAGCGUGAGCAUUUGAGGGGUCGUGUGGUGCUGGUUCAGAUUCUGAAUCCUGCAAGAAGCAGAGGGAAGGACAUUCAGGAUGUGAAGAGUGAGAGUGAGGCUAUUGCAAGUGAGAUUAACCAGAGGUAUGGCAGAAAGGGGUACCUGCCAAUUGUUUGUAUCAACGGCCCAGUUUCCACUCAGGAGAAGGUGGCUUACUAUGCUGUGUCUGAGUGCUGUGUUGUGAGUGCUGUGAGGGAUGGGAUGAAUUUGAUGCCUUAUGAGUACACUGUGUGCAGGCAGGGGAGUGUUGCCUUGGAUAAGGCACUUGGGGUUGAAGGAGAUGAGAAUGGGAAGGUGAAACCCAAGCAGAGUGUUAUUAUUGUGUCUGAGUUCAUUGGGUGUUCCCCUUCUCUCAGUGGAGCCAUUCGGGUGAAUCCGUGGAACAUUGAUGAUCUUACUGAGGCCAUGAACUCGGCCAUCACAAUGUCGGAGGCAGAGAAGCAUUUGCGCCACGAGAAGCAUUACAAGUACAUAAGCUCUCAUGAUGUAGCCUAUUGGGCGAGGAGUUUUGAUCAGGAUUUAGGCAGGGCUUGUAGGAAGCAUCACCGUAAGAGGUGUUGGGGUUUUGGGCUGGGAUUGGGAUUUAGAGUUGUUGCUUUGGAUCCUACCUUCAGGAAGCUCUUUGUUGAUAACAUUGUCUCUGACUACAGAGAUACACAGAGUAGGUUGAUCCUUUUGGACUAUGAUGGCACUAUGAUGCCCCAGGCCUCUAUUGACAAAACUCCAAGCACUGAGGUCAUUUCUGUCUUGAAUAGUCUAUGCAGUGAUCCCAGAAAUAUUGUGUUUAUAGUCAGCGGCAGAGAUAAGGAUCGCCUCAGCGAGUGGUUUUCUCCGUGUGAGAAGCUGGGUCUCUCUGCUGAGCAUGGUUACUUCACCAGGUGGAGUAAGGACUCUCCUUGGCAGACCCAGGGAUCAACAACAGAAUUUGAUUGGAAAAUGGUUGUGGAGCCGGUGAUGGCGCUUUAUACAGAAGCAACGGAUGGUUCUUUCAUCGAACAAAAGGAAAGCGCAAUUGUUUGGCACCAUCAGGAAGCAGAUCCUCAUUUUGGGUCAUGCCAGGCAAAAGAGCUACUUGAUCACCUGGAGAAUGUGCUGGCUAAUGAGCCAGUGGUGGUUAAAAGGGGACAACAUAUAGUUGAAGUUAAACCUCAGGGUGUGAGCAAAGGUAUGGUAGUUGAAGAGCUUAUCUCAACCAUGAGGAGUGAGGGGAAAUCACCAGAUUUUCUUCUGUGCAUUGGAGAUGAUCGCUCAGAUGAAGACAUGUUUGAGAGCAUUGCUAGUUCAGUUUCUAACCCAGCUCUGCCAACCAUAUCCAAAGUGUUUGCUUGCACUGUUGGCCAGAAACCAAGCAUGGCUAAAUACUAUUUGGAAGAUACUAGCGAGGUUAUCAAUUUGCUCGAAGGACUCGCGACUGCAUCAGCCCCAGCUACGCUGCCCAUAGCUUCUCAGGAAUUGCAAGGAGGAACAUUGUAGAAACUGAUACAGAAAACAGUCUUGUACAGAACGAUACUUUCAUAGGUUGAUUCGAAAAAAAAGGGGCCAAUACUUAGAAAUCUACAGAAUAGCUUAAUUCAUGAUGUUCUUCUUCACAUAACUUGCAGUAAAAAAUUAUUUUUCUUUC